ACGAGUGCCUAUCUUCAAUCAGCUAUACCUAUGUAUACCUAUGUGCACAGUACACUAUAAGAAAUGUCAAUUGAAUUUCUCGAAAACACGAUCGACAAUCUUUCCAAUGGUAUAUAACACGAUCAUCAUAAAAUUCUAUAUACGAAUUUAUAUUAAACUGAAAUUGUUGGAUGAUCGAAAUGGAAUUUUCAGUUUCAGACGAGAUUCCGGAGACCCUCUUGUCCACGAGGUUGACAAUUCGACGCCCCACGUAUGGCCCACUUGCAGGCCAGCCAAAGCUGGGACCCACCACCUGACGGCCUGACCCCACCAUUCUUCUUCUCCAAGCAACCGUCGACGAAACCCCUUCUCUCCCUAUCCAUUCGACGAGAGAUUGAUCGAGCAGAGCACCAUGGCUGCCAUGGCGAGCUCGCGUGGGUGGGGCGAUCUCCCGCCGGAUCUCCUCGCGCUCAUCGCCGACGGCCUCACCAUCAAGGCCUACACCCGCGUCCGCGCCGUCUGCACCGCCUGGCGCGCCGCCAUACCGGCGGCCUCGCCGUCGCUCCUCGUCCGCCUCGACUGGAACCGCCACGACGCGUGGUUCCUGUCCCCGAGGAUCUCCACCGCGCUCCACGAGAGGCUGGCCACGCUCCUCCCUGACAGGAGCGUCUGCCUCGGCUCCGGCCACGGCUGGGUCGCCGUCCACGACCCCAUCUUCUACGAGCUGCAGUUCGGCCUCGUCGAUCCCCUCACCGGCGUCGACAUCCCCUUCAGUUCGUUCCCGCAUUUCGCCGAACACAAGCUGCGGGUGUCCAAGGUGGUGUUCGCGCCCCACCCGACGCCGACCGACUUCACCGCGGCGGCCAUCACCGGCCACGACGAGGGCCGCGUCAUCACCUACACGGCUCAGGGGAGCAGCGGGUGGGCCGACGCCGGGUGCCCCCGUCUCGGCGACCGGGACAGCAUCGCCGACGUGGUGUACCACGAGGAACGCGGCGGCGGCGGCGAGAGGGCGGUGUACUGCCUCGCGACGAGCGGCGACGUGCACGUCCUCCGCCUCCACGACGCCGGCGGCGCGUUCGAGCCGCUGUUCGACAGGGGCAACGCGGCGUUCGACGCCGCCGCCGCGUUCGCGCCGCCGUACGACACGAUCCGCCACUGCACCAAUGCCAAGAACCUGGUGGUCUGCGACGACGGCGACAUGUACCAGAUCUGGCGGAACAACACCUGCACCAGGAUGGGGCCAUUGCCCGGCGGGGGAGAGUACCGCGUGGAGUACAACCAGAUGUUCGUUCUGAGAUACCACCCUCGCCGCCGGCCGUGCUGGGUGCCAGUGGAGGAUCUCGGCGGACGCUCGGUGUUCGUCGGGAAGAACAAUUCGGUGGCGCUGCGCGUGGACGGCGGCGGCGGCGGCGGCGGCGUGCCGGGGCUGAGAGCUAACUGCGUGUACUGGACUGACAUCUGUCCAGCUCGGGCCAAGGUAUUCGACAUGGUUUCCGGCAAGUCGACGCUGUGCUUUCAUGGCGUAGAAGACCACCGCGCCAUCUGCUGGUACUUCUUGGCGUAGCAGCAGCAAGAAGCCCAACUCUAGGUUCAGCUUGUCAGCUUCCGGAAUCGGAUUGAGAAAGUUUGAUUGAAUUGGUUAUGUGGUAUUGGAAGUUUAGGCUGAAUUCUGUGAUAAGAGACAGAAGUUUUGGCUGUCUUCGUUGCUGUCAUUCCGAUGGUAAAAAAAAAAUGAGAUGCGGAAGUAAAUUUUCAGUGCUGUGAAAAUUAAACCUGUUUUUCAUUGUUUCAGAUUAAAAUAGUUUCCCUGUUUUUGAGUGUAUCUGAUUGUUGCUUCUGUGAUACAAUAAUGUAGCUGAUCGAAGUUUCUGAGGCCAAAA